AUGGUUAUCUCCAUUAUUGGCAACAUUUUGGUGCUCGUCGCCGUAUCGAGAACGCCUUCGAUCCGUUCGCCAAGCACAAUUUUGCUGCGCAGUUUGGCUCUGUCUGACCUUCUCGUUGGCGUGGUAGUUCAACCACUGUACCUUGCUGCUUUCUUAAAAAGAAAUCAUUCUGUGCUUAACGCAUCAAGAACAAUGUCUUUUAUUGCAAGUGGUGCUUCUCUAUUCACUAUGACAGCCAUAGCAGUGGAUCGGUUCUUGGCCCUUCACUAUCACAUGCGAUACGCAGCGUUAAUGACCACAAGUCGUGCCAAGUAUUCUCUAGUGGCCCUUUGGACCGCUGCCGCCUUGCUAUCAAGCUCAGGUUUCCUGAAUAGGAAUGUCUAUGAAUCCACUGUAGCUGUUGCUAUCUCUAUUUCCCUUUUUAUUAGCACCAUUUGUUACAUCAGAAUCUAUACCAUUGCUCGUCGGCAUCAAAACCAGAUUCACCUUCAACAACAGGCGGUGGAAAGAGUGAAUAUCCAACGAUCGAAAAAAGGUGCCAAGAACUCGUUUAUCUAUUACGCUGUGAUGAUUCUGUGUUACUUACCUUUGUUUAUUAACAUGUCACUUCCACCUGAGUUACUGGGAUUAGAGUGGAUCCUAGCAGACACCUUAGUGUUUUUUAACUCUUCUAUCAAUCCUUUUCUUUAUUGCUGGCGUCUCCGUGAGCUUCGAACAGCUGUAAUUCAGACAACAGAGACGUGUUUCUGUAAAUCGACAGAACAAAACUAGCUGAUUUGGGAUAUGAUUACCGGGAAAUAAACUCCUUAGUGGGAACGACAAUGAACAGCCUUAGAAGACUCAUGCUGAAUGAAAAUUCGCCAUGGAAAUGAUAGCCAAAAACUAGAAGAUCAAGUAACAGAAGCGGCAGUUUCAGCGGCAGCGCAGCAGUCAAAUGCGGAUUGUUGCUUCAACGCUACUGAAAUUUUUAGUAUUCAGACAGGCGAGCAAAGCGUGAUGCUCCGGGAAUAAAAACUUUUAGGGGCCUUUUACAUGAUAUCCGAAUGAGUUUUAUACAAGAAUGAGUUCAUACCGGUUACCGCAUAAUAACCAGCGUAAAAUUUAUUCGAAACGAGUCAUUUCUGAGUGAGUUUAUUGGGGUUUUCAUUACAGAACGAAACACUCAUUCCGGACGACCUUUCCUACCUGUGCAAUAUAAACGCGGCACGGCUCUCAUAUUUGUAUGAAUCCUCUGUGGGAGCGAGGGAAGCAUUGAAAAAGACAGAAAAAGACAGAAAAAGACAUAAACACUUGUUUUUACCGGCUAAUUGUUGACACUCCCUCACGUAUAAGACUUAAGUACCUUUUAUAAUUUCAUAGCGGUCGUUUUCGAAAUUCCAGGCGCGCACCCCCGCCCUCUUAUGUAAAAGGUCCCCCUUGGCUGCUGAAACGUGCAGCACACAAAAUUAUUUCUCGAAAACUAAAGUAUAUUUUCACAAAAAAACUACACCACAAUUAUUAGAACAUAUUGGGCUACAAAAUAUGAAAGUAGGAGAGAAAACGAAUUUCGGGCGACUUGCCACAAUAUUUCAAAUUUGUUCGAUGGAUGCUGACAUCCUCUCUUAAUUUAAAUUUUACUAGUUCGUAUUUGGCUUCUCUCCCGAUUAAGUGAUCAUGAAUUUACAAACAAAAACAUGUUAGUUUGCUUGGUUUGUUUUCUCAAGAUUCAUCGAAUUGUUCGUCGGCAUCAGUUGCAAAUUCAUGUUCAACAAAAGGCAGUGGAAAAUUCAAUUGAUUCAAAUAAACAGCAAACACGACAAUCAACUAAGAGUGCAAAAACUGUUUUCAUGUAUUUCGUCGUCAUGAUUUUAUGCUACACUCCAUCAUUUUUUGUUUCCAUAUCGUGUUUGUUGCAAACCAUGCAAGAUUUUUUUCCUUCUUACUAACCACUGAAAGCUUAAUUUGUCCUCAAGCAAUACAAUGUUAGAGCUAAAAACAUUGAACAUCGCUAUACCAUGAUGCAAUCAUGACACACGGAAUUUUAUAUUAGUUUUUUUUCGACAUUUUAUUGUCAAAGGUCCCUUUUACCUCCUAGGGGAUCUUAAUUUCACAUCUCCUCUUUCCUUCUCUUUACUUUAACGUUUAAGCUUUCGACCAAAAUCUUUCUUAAGGACCCCGCUUUUCUUGCUUAACUCAAGAAUAGAAGAUAUUGAUACUGGUGCGGGUUACAACGAUCGGGGAACUUUUGCGAAUGAACCCUUAGAUUUUGUACAAGACCUUGCUAAAGAUUUGUUUCGAUUUAGUCCUAGAUUAGAACUCUUUCAUCCGUUUCUCUACAAAAAAAAAGCCUCGCUGUUUUAAAAACUGCCGUUCUGAGCUCGGUCAUACGCCAACAAUACAAAAAUUGGAUUGAUGAAGGAGUUCAUGAAUGCUACAGUGACUGGGAAAGUCACUACAACUUUUAAAUCUACACUAGUAAAACCCGAAAUAAUUACAACAAUUGAAAAUGGAGAGUAGCAUAAAAUCAUCGCGAUGAAAUAUAUAAAAAUAUUUUUUGUACUCCUAGUUGAUUGUCGUAUUUGCUGUUUAUCUGUUGAAUUUUCCAUCGGGGAACUUAUCUUUGUACGUGUGUAGUUUCUCCUGUUUCCCAGUUUGGGUAAAUAGUCAAUAUAUGCAGAUUUUGUGCAGAUCAGUAGAAAACCAAUUUUAGAUCCCUGGUAGUAUUUGAGAUCGUUUCACUUUAGUUUGAAUUUUGUAAACUACCUAUUACAAAUGUUUUCUUCUCAACUAAUGUUUUUACUGUCUAAAAUUAAAAGAAAGACAACAGAGAAAGACAAUCGCAUUACUUAAUGUCUUACUUUGUUAUCGUUAGUCGAUUCUUCAUCACUUUAUUGAGAGAGAAGUCAUACAAGGACAAGCAAAACUUAACCAGAAAAAAGUUACUCUACAAUAACCUGUUCUGCUAGUGACGAGUAAAUUUGAGGCAACUACUCGAACAACACUAAUAAAAAAUCAAUCUCAUUCUUAAGACUGUCAUGAUUUAAUAACUCAUCGUAAAGAAACCGUGAAUGCUUCGAUCAAUCACCGGUAUAACUUCUUCAACCUAACUGCUGUAUUGUAGACCCAAUUGUUUCCUUAACCGUCCGUGAUUUAAAUGAAAUUUGUUUUUCUGACCUACAUCGGAUUGGCGGUACAUCGAAAAUUAAAAAGCAUGAAGAGAAAAAUUUAAUAAAUUUUUAGUCUCGAAACAAGAAUAUUUAUCCUUCCUUGCAAACCAAACCACUCUGACCUCGUGUGCCAUUUUCCUUCGUAACCUAAAGCUGAGAAGGUCAAAGAGUUUAAAGUUUGAUCUCUUUGAGAGUCCUUUAAUCGAGAGGAAAGACAAAAGGAAAAAAUAAGGCUGAUACGGCUCCUUUGGAUAAAUUUGGGUACAUUCAACCUGGGUGAUUUUACACAAUCUUAAUUAUGAAAUUUUCACCUGGCCAAGUAAAACUUUUCAAUUUUCAAGAGGAUUCAAAAAAGUGUUUCAUAGAUAUUAUGACUUUUGCUACUGGUAAUUACUUCUAAAUUGCCAAGAAAGAAUGCCAGACGCCACUGAGUCAAAGAAUACUUUUAACCGAUGUCAUUUACGUAAAAGAUAUCCUUUUACUUGGAUGAUAGCUCUUGGAAAUGUCUCCUGAUUCAAUUGACCUUAAAUUUUGAGUAGUUCGUUUGAGGAAAAGCCAGCCCAUAUAUCGUAGCACUAACCCUGCCACUCAAUUAAUAAUUAACAACCAGACACAAACGCAUUCUCAAGAGAAUGCCUUUAAUCAUAAUAUCGUGUUUUUGCACAGAGGCUUUCUUCCCACGAAUUCCAGACGCUUUUAACAUUUCCAGUUCACGCGGGCGAAAACUGACAAUCUUCUUAAGGAAGUGUCCUUUGCUUGUUCGUGAAAGCAUAGAAAUUAAGCCAUGUUCAUAUGUUACACAAAAAGGGAAAAAACAUAUACCAAUAAACUGUUGUGUUUGAUAACAGUAUUGCUCUGGAAAAACACGAAUUCACCCAAAGCUCCUUGUUAUGCUUUUGGCAACCUCUAGUGAUCUUGAAAAUUUAUAAUUUAAAAUUGUACGAAACCCAUUCUGGGCAUGUAUCGACGUUGACAUAUUAAUUAUGCAAAACCUGAUGGUGCCAGCAACGUUUCAUGCCCUUUGCAAGACAUUCAAAAUGCUGUUUUCAUUGCGACGACAAGUUAAACCCCUAUACUGAAUAUAUUAUAACAACUGGAUAUUGUUAUGGACGGACCAAUGUAAAGAUCUUCCCAGCACUCACAAAAGACCUCCACGAAUAACAGAGGGCACGUGGAAAUACAGCUUAUACGUCUAAAGAGCUUGUUGAUGCUCUGAGGCAGCUCCAUUUAAGAGCAGUGAGGAAGGAAGACUGUUAAAAAUUCAAGUGAAGAAAGGUGUGAGGAGCAAGAAUGGCUGAUUCAAUUAAAAAAUACUUUUUUGGGAAAGAUAGAAGUCCUGAACGCAUAGUUGUCCUAAACAGUGUCUUAAAUGCCCCCCGCAAUGGUUAUCUCCAUCAUUGGCAACGUUUUGGUGCUCGUCGCCGUAUCGAGAACGCCUUCGAUCCGUUCAUGCACAAUUUUGCUGUGCAGUUUGACUCUGUCUGACCUUCUCGUUGGCGUGGUAGUUCAACCACUGUACCUUGCUGCUUUCUUAAAAAGAAAUCGUUCUGUGCUUAACUCAUCAACAACGUCUUUUAUUGCAAGUGGUGCUUCUCUAUUCACUAUGACAGCCAUAGCAGUGAAUCGGUUCUUGGCCCUUCACGAUCACAUCCAAUACGCAGCGUUAAUGACUAGAAGUCGUGCCAAGUAUUCUGUACUGGCCCUUUGGACCGCUGCCGCCUUGUUAUCAAGCUCAGGUUUCCUGAAUAGGAAUGUCUUUGAAUCCACUGUAGCUGUUUCUAUCUCUGUUUCCCUUUUUAUUAGCAGCAUUUGUUACAUCAGAAUUUAUAGCAUUGCUCGACGGCAUCAAAACCAGAUUCACUUUCAACAACAGUCGGUGGAGAGAGUGAAUAUCCAACGGUCGAAAAAAGGUGCCAAGAACUCGUUUAUCUAUUAA